CUUGCAUAACUCCAGAAGGAGGGACAGACAGACUGGUGUAAACAGAGCAGGAGGUGACAGUAGACAGACAAGGCUGUUGGACUGGGCUGGAGGAAUACACGCAGACACACACCAAAAGAUGUCUGGGACACCACCCCCAGUACGUCCUAGGAAGCCAUCAGGUGUUAGAGUCAUGCCCCAUGAUGGUCAACUUCCUUCCCAUGGCUAUGCAAAGGUGUUCAAAGUGAAUGGGGCCAGUAGUGAGACAAAAUACACAUCUCGAGGACAUGCAGAGAGAGAGGUGGAGAUCCUAAACCACUGUUUUGAUGACGUGGAGCGCUUCAUGGGACGCCUGCAGCAGGCUGCUGAGGCUCAGAGCAUCCUCAACCAGACGAAGAGGAAGAGCAGAAAAAGCAAGAAGAAAGAGAAGCAGGAUGGUGAGAGAGAGAGAGAGAGAGAGAGAGGGGGAGAGAAAAGCCUCCCUCCACCUGAGGUGGAGUUUGUUGACAUUUUUCAGAAAGUCAAGUACUCAUUUUGCUUUCAGGACCGCCUGAAGUCGUCCAUCUCUGAGCCGUCUUCUGGGGAGCUGGUGCAUCACGUCUUUAUUCCCCUGGGCCUGAUGGUGAAGACUACUGAUGGGCCAGAGAUGGGGGCGACUGUGGUCAGUCCAGCCUUGACCAGUGGUGCUGUGUCUCUACUGCAGAAACACCUGACCGAUGAAGAGAAGGAGCUUUGGAGCUCCCUAGGGCCUAACUGGACCUUACACUGCUCCCAGCUUGUUGAGUCUGUCCCUCCAUACUCACCUGUCUUUCUGGAUGGAUGGCAGCCUGAGGCCGUUGACCCAGAAGGUCAACUUUGGGAGGACCCAAUCAAGUCACAGCACAAACAGGACGCUCUUCAAUACAGUGUAGAGGACCCUCCUAACCAGGCUGAGGAAGGACCCAGCUCAGUCCAGCACACUGAUGAAUCAGAUGGCAGUGAACUUCCACCUGAGGGCGAGAGAAUGUUCAGCUGCAGCUACGGCUUUGUUGCCAGAAACAGCAGUGAACUCUCCGUGCUGCAGGGAGAAACUCUGGAGGUGAUUGAGUCGUCAAAUCGUUGGUGGAAGUGCCGCAAUAACUUUGACCAGAUUGGGUUUGUUCCCUUCAACAUUCUGGAGCCUCUGUCUGCCCUCAACAACAACCAUAGGGACAGACCAGUGGCACUCAGACAGUCCAAGAAGGUGCCCUCUGACCCUGCAAGGCACUUCUCCUACACCCCCUCCAGCCGAGAAGGGGCCAACCUCCCCGCCGUGCCCCGCCGUCCUCACAGCAUGUCCCCCUCCAUGACAGGGGGCGACAGAGACAAAGGCUUUAUGGUGAACGAUGAGCUCCUCCAGCGGCUGGCCAACGGCAGGGCGGGCUCCAUCCGUCCCCUAGUGAUCCCCCGCACCACAGACACCUCGGCCCCCCUGGACUACCACUCCCCUCCUGCGGAGGUAGAGGGCUGGCUGAGAGGGAAGGGCUUCACUGAGCCGACAGUAACACUGCUGGGGAGACUCACUGGUGCUGAGCUCUUCGCCCUGAGUAAAGAGGACCUGCGUAUGUUUUCACCAGAGGAGGGUGCCAGAGUGUACAGCCAGAUGAUGGUGCAGAAGGCUUUAUUGGAGGAUGUCCGCAAAUCUACAGAGCUGGAGACAAUGAUGGAGAAACAGAAACAAAAAGCAGACUUCCAGCUGGAGAGCAGGAGGCUGUGACCAAGAACAAGCUAUACACAUGUAUAUCACUGAAGCACAGAUAUCACUGGUUAUAAUAUAAUAAUAAUAUAAUAUAUGCCAUUUAGCAGACACUUUUAUCCAAAGCGACUUACAGUCAUGUGUGCAUACAUUCUACGUAUGGGUGGUCGCAGGAAUCGAACCCACUACCCUGGCGUUACAAGCGCCAUGCUCUACCAACUGAGCUACAGAAGGAAAGCUGGUUGAUGGAUGCCAACACAAUUACAUUACUGUCACUGUUUAAGAUGACACACAAACUCACUAACAUUGUCUGUAUGGAGACUCUGAUACAGAGAUUUCACUUUUAAAGGGUAGUUCACCCAAACUAUAAAAUUACUUGGUUUUCUUAAGGCGUCCGCAUGCUUCCCAGCCAAAACAGUUCGGAAGAGUUUGUGCUUUUAUUAUGAUGACAUUUUGUGACGUUGUUUGUUUUGGACAUUGGUGAAGGUUUUUUAGGCUGUUCAGGCACAACAUUUUUCUGGAUGCAAGCAGAAGUUUUGAGCCAAAGUCUACGCCCCUUCGUCCAUGAUUGGUCAACAGUAGGGAUUUUUCAAUAAAGUCUUUGUUGUCAUUCAAUGAGAGAUGACUCAUUUU